AAAUGCGCGAUGCCUGAGAGCAAACCGAGUAAACCGCUGUAGCGUAAGGAAGUGAACAUCAUAGACACGCCCAAGAAAAAAAAAGUGUAAAUGAUAGUGGGCUUACCUCCUUCCCUGCCAGCGGUCCGAAACAAACUACAACUAACUCAUGCCGACGAUGAAAAUAUGGCAGCUGCAAGAGCAAGGUCCUUCAAUCGUGUUGGAAGUCUCAUGCGGAGCAAAUCUGAGGGAACACUGAUUGAUCUGGAUGACAAGGCCUCAACCAGUGACAACCUUAACGGUGUUUGUGUGACCCCGAACUCUGAGUGGCCACUUAUACAACCAGAAGUUGCAAGUUCAUCUCACUCACAAAAUCCCUUUUGGAACAAACUCUCCAGAUCAAAUCCUUUUUUAGAUGACAUUGUACACAGCAGCACAGACAAACACAUUUCCAACACAUUAAAUGUAAAUCAAGACAAUGAAAAACAUUUGGACACAAAUGACGACGACGCCAUAAGCACCUCUUCAGAUGAAGGCAAUGUGGGGAAGUUUUUGGAAAACAAACACAAAGUCAGCAACAAAUCUGGGAGAUGGAGAAGUGCUUCUGACAUCUUGGAAGAUCUGGACAAAAAAGUGCCAAAACGGGAGAACAGCUUCAAACCGCCGGGGCCAGUGCUUAACCCAGAUUUUGAGUGGCUAAAGAAUGACAGAGAGGCCUACAAGAUGGCCUGGCUGAGCCACAGGCAGCUCACUCGCUCAUGUCUGGACUUAAAUCUGAUGAGCCAGAGUCCAGGGUGGGCUCAGACACAGGCCACAGACUUUCAGGUUAUCUGCAAGAUCGGCCACACUGGAGGUUCAGUGCAGUUGCCCGGCUCCGAUAUUAGUAUCCAUAUCCCAGAAGGUCAUGUUCCCCCUGGAGAAGUCCAGGAAGUUACACUUAAGGCACUACUAAACCCCCCUCCUGGACUCAACAACAACUAUGUGACAACCCUGAGUCCGCUUCUAGAGGUUGUGCUCAGCAACAUCAACAUAAAGGAGUGCAUCUCUCUGGAGAUGAAACUGGCUGGAGAGGUGAAGAGCGACCCUUUGAGUCAGAUGAUGACUACUGUUGUUGGGCUGGUGUCCCACAAAAAAGAGGGGCCUUAUCUUAAAGUGAGCGACUGUUACAUUUAUAAAGACAUGUUACAGAUGAAGUUGCAGGACCUAAAGACGCAUUUUUAUGUGAUAGCAGUGGCAGAGGCAUCUGCAAUCCAGUCUCCUGCUAAAUCAGUGUGGGAUUACCUUCAUCGCCAAAUCACAGUGGCAGUUUAUGGUCCAAGGUACAUCCAUCCAUCAUUCAAGGUUGUAAUAGUAGUUUGCGGUCAUGAGGAUGUCCCUCCGAGGCUUCCAUUUUCAGUUACCUUCCGAGGAAACAAAAACGUGCCUCCUCUUUUGCUGCAGCUUUGGGGAAAACAUGGGUUUAAACCUGACAAACUGAACAACCUGCAUGUUGCUAUCAGUCUCACAAACUCGAUUUUUAAAGUCAAACCUGAGGACAAACUGAAAGAAGUGAGAGAAAGUCAACUCAAAAUAGGAACAGUUUUGCAUCUGCCAGUUGCCUUAUCUUGUGCUAGUAACACAGAAAUGAAUCCUUUCAAAUUAGAUCUACAAGUGCAGGACUCUAACGCUGCAACUGUGGCACAUUUCGAGGUGCCUUCCCCUCCAGCAGCACCCAUCAGGUCAGAAAAGCGAGCGCCAAGGCUCACAGAAAAGCAAAGUGAAAUGGUAAGAAGCUCAUCCAUUCCUGAAGAAAAGGUUCCAGAUUUGAAAAAAUUCACAGACAGACCUGUGAACCUACAGUUGUAUGGUGUCGCCCUGAAGUCAGUUCUCCGCCAGCCACGUGUAGACUACCUUCUGGAGUAUUUCAAGGGGGACACGGUGGCUCUCCUAUCCAAGGAGACAGUGAGGUCAGUGGGUAACUCGAAAGCAAAGGAGUGGUAUAUCGGAUUCCUCCGAGGCAGGACUGGUUUGGUUCACUGCAAAAAUGUUAAGCUCAUAACCAGGGACCAGGUGAUGGACUUCACCGGCAUACAAAUCACCACAGAGGUCCUCUUGGACCACAUGACACUGCCCUUCAAGAAGCUUACCUACAUGUACUCAGCCAUCCAGACACUGGUCACCGAGCACAUAACCAGCUGGAGAGGUUUCUCCGAUGCUUUAGGGUACAGCAAACUGUCUCUGGACACCAUAUUACGGAGACACGCUGAAUCUGAGGUGGAUAAAGUGGCCUGCGUGCUGGAAAAACUGAAGGAAGACUGUCACGCUGAGAAGAGCAAGAAAAAGUUUCUGCAUGAGCUCUUGGUGGCUCUAUUGAAGAUGGACUCGGUGAAUCUCGUGGCCCAAGUGAUCCAGAACACAGUCAUUUUGUCCACCGCUGUCGAGCUGGGAGUCAGAUGGCGGGAGCUCGGUGAGAAGAUGGGGAAACUCUCCAGCGCUCAGAUAGCGGGUUACGAGGCACCACACCGAGGGAAGAGCGGAGAAGUCGGGGCACAGUCGAUGUGGAAGCCCGCCUAUGACUUCCUGUACUCCUGGAGUCUGAGGUACGGAGACAGCUACAGGGACAUGAUCCAGGAUCUGCACCUGGCCCUGGACAAAAUGAAAAACCCUGCCACCAGACAGUGA